AUGUCGAAGAUCAUCACUGUAUUUGGCGCAACUGGCAACCAAGGUGGCUCCGUUAUUCGAAGCCUCCUAGCCGACCCGGUGCUGGCCAAGGAAUACAAGAUUCGAGGAAUUACUCGUGAUGUCACGAAGGAAGCUGCAAAGAAGCUUUCUUCUCAAGGAGUGGAAAUGAUUACUGCGGAUAUGUCAUCUCCAUCAUCCCUCGAUGAAGCGCUCAAGGGCUCCCACACAGUUUUCUUGGUGACAAACUUCUGGGAAACUAUGAGCAAGGACACCGAAGUCGCUCAGGGAAAAGCCGUGGCAGACGCCUGCAAGAAUACCGGAGUUAAACAUCUCAUAUUCUCAUCUCUGCGCAGCAUCUCCGAGGUUACUAGCGGAAAACUGCCAAAUGUCUCUCAUUUUGAAGGCAAAGCCGAGAUUGAGCAAUAUAUCCGCAAUAGUGGCAUACCCGCAACUUUUGUUCUCGCUGGUCUAUUUAUGCAGGGUCUCAGUGGGAGCAUGAUUAAGAAGAGGGACGAUGUCUAUAUGCUCGCGUUGCCUAUUGAUCCAGAAACGGCCAAGAUUCCAGUCUUUGAUGUGGAAGAGGAUACAGGCAAAUUCGUCAAAGCGGUCGUCAAGAACUACCCAAAUAUCAUUGGCAAACGCAUCCUCAUAGCUACAGACUAUGUUUCACCCAGACAACUCACCGACGAGAUAUCGCAAACACUCGGGGUCAAAGCAGCGGCCAUACAGAUCCCGGAAGAGACUUUCAAGUCGUUUUUGCCUCCACCAGUUGCGCAGGAAUUGCUUGAGAAUAUGCUAGUCAUGGACCGAGAGGGUUAUUUUGGUGGUGAGAGUCUGGAUAAGUCGCAUUUCCUUCUUGAAGAUAAUUUGACCACGUGGAAGGAGCAUAUUUUGCGAAAUAAGUCUUUAUUUGCUUAA